GACAUGGAGUUGAGGAACCCAUUCAGUAUGCUGGACAGCAUGAUGUUCGGCGUGAGGAACAGGAUGGAGGACAUGCAUAGAAACGUUGUGAGUCACGUUGUGUCUCUUCUCAUACCCCACACAGCCCAUACAAAUGGAAUUACUAGAAGGGGCAUAGUAUGAAUUAAUUAUAUUUCUAUGACAGACUUUGUUCAUCAUCGCUUUAUAAUCACGUCAAUCUGUUUGUGUGUGUGUUGUUUUCCAGGAGAACCUGUCCACAGACUCGAACGCCAACACCAACGCCCACUCAUUCAGCUCCUCCUCAGUGAUGACCUACUCCAAGGUUGGAGACGAACCCCUCAAGGUGUUCCAGGCCUCCUCCCAGACAAGGCGCGCCCCCGGCGGGGUACGUACACUCAAGUAUGGCCAGAGAUACUGCUGAGGGUCUGGGGGAGGGCUCUCCAAGCUGAUACUGCACUGAACACUAAGGAAGAGGUUGUUUACUCGAACCGCAAGCGCUCCGAGCCAUAUAGAGAGUAUAUGAAGAGUUUAAUUCCAAAACGCUAAAUAUCCAUUUUCAGAAAUGUUGGUAAAUUUGCUUUUAUUGUUUAAAGAAAAUAUGAAAGAGAUUGGUGUGUUUUUUCACUAUCUAAUCAUGGCAUGGGGUUGUUCAAUGACAGACAUGUACAGUAUUUGUUUAAAAUCUAUCACUUGAUGGUUUCAUUUCAGAGACAAAUAAUCCAAUUUAUUUUAUCAAAAUGCUUUAUAUUUCUCUCAGAGAAAUAAGUAGUACUGCUAGGUUUUACACAGUCAAAUGUAACAAAUAUUGUUUUUGUUUAUAAAGAACUGUACAAAUUAAACAUUUGUGUACAGUAAAAUGAGUAUGUAUCUGUAUGUAAAACAUUUGUCAUUUAGCAGAUGCUCUUUCGUCGGGGCAUGGACUCUACAAGGUGUCGAAAGCGUUCCACAGGGAUGCUGGCCAAUGUUGACUCCAAUGCUUCCCAAAGUUGUCAAGUUGGCUGGAUGUCCUUUGGGUGGUGGACCAUUCUUGAUACACACGGGAAACCCAGUGUGAAAAACCCAGCACCGUUGCAGUUCUUGACACAUUCAAACCGGUGCGCCUGGCACCUACUACCAUACCCCGUUCAAAGGCACUUAAAUAUUUUGUCUUGCACAUUCACCCUCUGAAUGGCACACAUACACAAUCCAUGUCUCAAUUUUCUCAAGGCUUAAAAAUCAUUAUUAAACCUGUCUCCUCCCCUUCAUCUACACUGAUUGAAGUGGAUUUAACAAGUGACAUCAAUAAGGGAUCAUAGCUUUCACCUGGAUUCACCUGGUCAGUCUAUGUCAUGGAAAGAGCAGGUAUUCAUAAUCAGUGUAUAACGUGUUCAUAAUCAGUGUAUAGCGUUUUGGGAGGUUUUUUUCAUACACCUAAAAUCUAUGAAUUAAAGAUCUGUAUAAUAUUUUACACACACAUGAAGGUACCCAUAAGCAAUCAUAUCUGAAGAAAAAACAAAUGAGAAAAAUUGGUGUAUAUAGUGUUUUGGAAAUAAACUCUUCAUAUAGAGUUAGGUUUAUUUAUGUAUUUUUUGCAUUUACACUAAAAUAACAUUUGGCCAAACUAUAUGUCUGACAAAGCAAGAGUUUCCUGACAUUGGCUUUCUCAGUCUUUAUUGGCCGUCGCCUCUUUGGUAACUCAUUCUGAUUGGCUGUCCCCGUGUCUAGAUUAAGGAGACUCGGCAGUCCCUGAAGGACUCAGAGAGCGGCCUGGAGAAGAUGUCCAUUGGACACCACAUCCAGGACCGAGGACACGUGGUGGAGAAAAAACAGAACAAGAAGACAGGGGAACGGGAGCUCAACCAGGACUUCCAGAAUCUAGAUGAAUGUAAGUCAGCUGUAGUGUAAGGGGGUCAGCAUCCCAAAAGAAACUAAAGGGUAACACUUUACUUUAACCCUGCAGGUAAUAAUAAUAAUAAUAUGCCAUUUAGCAGACGCUUUUAUCCAAAGCGACUUACAGUCAUGCGUGCAUACAUUUUUGUGUAUGGGUGGUCCCGGGGUUCGAACCCACUACCUUUGAUUAUAAUGCAUUGUAAGACAUGUUGUAAGAAUGUAUCACCCCCUUAUGUCUUAUUAUAAUCUCAUAAUGAUCCUUACUUGAGUCCAUUGAAAAUGUCCUACAUAAAGAGACAUAACAUAUUAUAAGCCUUAUAAUAAAACAUUACAAAGGCGCAUACAUGCUUAUAACAAUAACACAUUAUACUUGCGGUCUUUAAGUAAAGUGUUACCGGCAAUUUAUUAGAAGUGUUUUUUAUGAUGCUUUUCAAGGCAUGUAUCAGUGUUCGAUGAAUAGUCAUAAACAAAGACAUAGAAUUUACUAUCAGAGGACUCUCCUCUCCCAGCUCUGUUUGGGGUUUGUAGUCUGAGACAUUAAUUUAUGUUCCUAUCUCAGACAAAAAUAAGGUAUUCAGAUUCCAAGGAACUGCCCCUCGCCAGGCUUAUCACAGCAUCCCACAGAGUGAUACCUAAACUGUUCCUGACACCUAACCUCUGACCUCUGCCCUUUCCCCUCAUAGCCGAGGCGCAGUCCUUUGACGAAGAGUGGCAGCAAGAGGUGUCUAAAUUCCGACCAUUUGCCCCCAUGUCCCGUCUGGAGGCCCCCAAGCCUAGGGUGGUGCACCGGGCAGCCCUCACCGCCGCCACCGGCCUCGACCAGGGACGGAGGUCAGUCAUCAUGUGUCAUAGGUCAUAUAAUGACAGGUCCGCUCGAGGAGGAGUGGCCGUAAACCAAAACAAACCAUUUCUGGAUGCUACAUCACUGAGAAUUUAGGUUAUGAUUGAAUUGUCAAAUAUUAUACUACGGUUGAUAAACGGUUUAUUGAAAUUUGGGUUGAUGGAUGAAUGAUUUAUGUCUGCUUUGUCAUUUUCUCCCUCAGGGACAAAGCAAACCCAAAACCUGAAGGAAGGAAAAUACACAUUGACGAUCUCAAAGUCAAAGGCUCAGGCAUGAUGAAACAGUAG